UUCGUCCGAUUUCAUUUAAAUUCGAAUUUAAGUUUGAAACAGCUGAUUUCUCUUUGGCAAUUAAACAAACCAAAUGACAAAAGAAUUCGUUGGCAAAAAAUACGAAAUAAUUUCAAAAUAAGAGGAUUUAAUUAAAAAAUUAUCAUGUUUUUUAUGGCAGCUUAUGUGUUAAACGAACAGGAGCAAGAUUACCAAAGUAGAAUAGAUAGGCGGCGUUUAAGAGACCAUUCGAAUCCUCUCAGUGCACCGGAUUCUACAUUUGUUUCCAACUAUCGCCUAAACAAGUACGCUUUUUUAGAAGUGCUGAAUGAAGUAAAAUCUUUCGUCAAGGAAACGUCCAUACCUAUUUUAUUAAAGCUGGCAGCAAGUCUUAGGUUUUUCGCAGAAGGUUCCUAUCAACGUUCCGUCGGAAAGGAUACAGAUAUUGCUAUGGGUAGAAGCACAGUCUCAAAAAUAUUAUCCGAAAUGAUCAAUGCUUUGGAAAAUGUUCUGUGUUCUAAGUGGAUUAAGCUGAAAAUGUCUGAAGAGGAUUCUAGAAAAUCAAAACUUAAUUUUGUAGAAAAAUUCGGUAUUCCAGGAGUAAUAGGGUGUAUUGAUGGAACACAUGUGGCUCUGAUUAAACCUUUUGAGAACGAGCAUCUAUUUUUUAACCGAAAAGGAUUUUUUAGCAUAAACGCAAUGAUUAUUUGUGAUUUUGAUAUGAUAAUAAGAGCAGUUGAUGCAACUCGGCCUGGUGCAAGCCAUGACGCUUUCGUAUUUAGUAUGAGCAGUGCAAAACACUAUUACCUAUCGCAGUAUGAAGCUGGUGACCGAGGGUCUUGGCUACUGGGAGAUUCUGGUUUUGGUAUAGAGCCAUUUCUACUGACUCCAUAUAGAAACCCAGGCCCAAGAUCGGCAGAACACAGAUUUAACCAGCAGCAUGCAAAAGCACGUAACAUCGUUGAGCGUGUUAUAGGAGUAUUAAAAAGUCGGUUUCGUUGUUUGAAAACUACCCUGCCAUAUACGCCGCAAAAGGUAGUGAAGAUAAUAAAUGUUUGUUGCGCACUACAUAACAUAUGUAGAAGUAAUCAAAUAGAUGACAUUGAAACAGAAACCGUAUUAGAAAACAAUCCAAUUGAUGAGGAAAUUGCUGAAAAUGAGGAAAACAGUAGUUUAUAUAGUGUUGGCAGAAAUAUAAGAGACUCUAUUGCUAGAAAUUUAAUAUUAUGA